UUAAGAACUAGAUGAGGCAAAUCAACAAGUGAGAGAGUUUUGGCUUGGCAAAGCUCCGUCCAAUCUCGAUAUAUGGCCUAAGCCUGUCGGUGAGAAAGAGGUCGAAUUCUUUUGUGGCACAGUGUGUGUUAGUGAAUGCUAUGGUCAAAUGUUCCCCAGUGUCAUCGAAUACAAAGUAUACGACCUCUCGCAGAAUGACCAAACAUGGCCAGUUGAACUAUUUUUGGAAGUGAAAUCCGUUCAUUGGAGGGAAAAUUCAAGACCACCAAAGACAUCAAUCUCAUCCCGACCGACCGAGCGAGCGACGCUUCCUCCCCACCCUCAUUCCCCUGGGUGGAGUGACUGAUGAAUGGGGGUCUCAAUUUGGGAUUCGCCAACUGUAGUGCUUGAUCCCAAGGUGCAAGAAGGCCCUCUUCAGCGGAUGCAUUUAGCGGUGGGGCGAACACACCGCCAAGAAUUCCGAGCGUGAAAUUGUCUCCAUAUUGAUGUCAUUCUCGUUGCCAGAUCUCUGGAGCAGAACUAGCAUAACUAGCAAAACUACUAGGUAUAUCGAGAGGAAGUAAUGCCAGGAUGGUUCGACAUCCAGAACUUUGAGAGCAGAUCCCAAUAGUGACUCCAUAUCCCAAAGAAUAAGCAGAAGACGCUUCACUUUCCUUCGGGUAAAGUGCCAAGUCGUGCUGAGUGAAAGAACAACCCACCACCGGAAUCUAAAGAAGUCGAACAAGAAGAAGAAGAAGAAGAAGACUAAGACGAUGAAGUCGGUUUCACCAUUGCGUUGAUGCUGACAUCCUCUUUCAUUCUUUCGUUCUUUCGUUCUUUCUCUGUCUCUCGCCCGCUUUCCUCGUCUAAUAACACCAGGGAGAGGUGAGGUCUUUAUCUUGACUUGAGCAGAUGCCGCAGUGUCUUUUGGAAGUGCCAAUGUUGACAAUCUGUCAUUGAAUUCAUUCUUGUGAACUGAUCAAACAGAAGAAAUCAUCUUCUGCAAGAGCAUUGACGAGACUCCCUCCUCCCUUCCCUACACUACCCAAGUGAUGAUGAUCAUGAUCAUGAUGAAGACGAUGUUGUUGUAGCAUUAACGCGAAACCGAACGUGAAGUCAGUUCAAGCUCUUUGUGCCAAGAAGAGGUUUUUACACUGGCUUUUGAAGACGAAAUCACCGUUUCCUCCUGGCCAACCUAGAGAACAAGCAGCAAGCGGAGGGGAUCGCUCGUCUCCAACCAUUUUUCCCCCAGGGCUUCUCUCUCUCUCUCUCAUUCUUUGAUUUUUCUUUGAAAUCCCGUUCGUUGAAGUCUCUCAGAGGAAUUCCCGAAAGUCAAGCAUCCCCCGUAAGGUUUACACAAUGUGAAUGGAAAAGAAGACGGAAAUUCGUCACAUCUUCCCUCCCCGACCUUGCAAAAUGAUACACGGGUAAUGGUGGAUGGAAUUCAUUUUGGAAAUUCAAUCUAGAAGCGGUGAUGGUGUUGAUAAGGAGUCAAGACCUAUUGCCGUCAACGUCAAGGACUUCUUCCUCUUCUUCUGGGUGUGAAUGAAUCACCCCUGAAAUCUGAGAAGGACAUCUUCCUCGCUGAUCGAGCGAGCGAGUGAGCUAGUGGUGCACCCGGUGGACCCUAUCUCGAGAAAUCAGCCGUGUCAUCCCGUGGUGACCACUUUCGUUUCGAGUAAACCACUUACCGGGUGGCCACCCAAUCUAAGUGAAUAGAGGCUCGUCGGAUUUCCCCCCGGAUUACAAGAUUCUUAGUGCCGGUCUGCCUGCCUGUGGUUCUUCCGUUCAUUAUGGAUGCCAUUUCCAGCAAGUCAUCCAGUGCCUCCGUGACUCACUUUGAAGACUUUGCGGACUUUGGUCCGCAUUCACCUGAACACCAUGAGCGGCGUCCGCCAUUGUACAAUGCCGAAGACUAUGUCACUGCUCUGAAAAAGUUCUGUAAAUUGACAGGACUCCAGAUGUAUCUAGGAGAUGCUGAUUCAUCCUCUCUUGGCCCAUUUGGCAGCUCGAGUAUUUCGACUCCAGCCCCGGGCGGUGGGAAUGCGAAUAACGCCUUUGUCAACCAUCAGAAUCGAAAGAAUAAGAAACUGGCAGGAGGCUCGAAAGCGGAGGAUGCCAGGAACUAUGCCAAUCCCACGAUGUCUCAAGACCCGACCGAAAUGGGCCUCAGACAGUUUGGCACCGUCUCAGAGUUGCUGGCCAAGUUGAAAGCCGAUCUGAAUUUAUCGUUCCCCAGUUUUCUCCGAGAGUUCAUCAGCGAGCCCAACGAUGGCGUCACCUUACUGUUAGACCUGCUCAAGGCCGUUCAACUCUCUCAGACCAAUAUCACUGGCAGCCUCAAUCAGUUGGGAUCCCGGGCCAAUCAUGUCAUGUUCAAGCGAGCCUUGAGUGAUGAAUUUGAGGCGCUCUUGUGUCUCAAAAUAUGCGCCCGAAGCGAGGACGGGGCUCUGAAGCUUGUGGACCAUCCAUCCGGAUUGUUCACAAUCGCCGUGUGCGUGAUGAGCAACUACAGCCGCUCCAGGAUCCUCUCUCUCCAACUCUUGUCACGGCUGUGCGAUAUGCCCGCAGGACACAAGCAAGUCUCUGACGCCAUUUCCAUGUUGAGACUGCGAUUUGGCGAACCCGUUCGGUUCAAGUUCCUCGUGGGCAUGCUCAAUAGCUACAACUCGAGCAUGUUCCAAGUGGCAUGUCUGAGGUUUCUGAAUCGGUUCGUGGAGACGUCUCGGGAUGCCCGAGAAAGAAUCAUGAUCCAAACCGAACUUGAGGAAGCCGGCUUCGACAUUCUUCCGUUAAAGAAGUUUCUUCUCCAAACCACAAACACACGGAGCUCGGAUUACCUUCGAGAGGAGCUAAAUCGUUGGUCCAACAACUAUGUGGACGUGAACAAUCUGGUUCGCAAACUCUUGGAAGCCGAGAGGGCCAAUAAAAAGCUGCGGGAAGACCUAAGCCAACUCAAGGAGAAACACAGAGGAUGUGAGGAUGACAGAUCUCGCUCCCAAUCCACCGUGGAUAGGCUCCGAGAUUGCUGCGACAAACUUCAAACCGAGAUCGAUCGUAGGGUCAAACGUGGGAGUCGAUCAUCACCUCCGGGGGAUCAGCUCAAUGAAAGGCAAUCAUUAUCAUCAUCAUCCAUUACCGCCAACGGGGUCUCCAAGUCCAAGAAGAGUUCCAGACACUCAUCCAAGACACGAUCGAGCGACGAGAACUUUGGGAUGCCAUUCAAAAGCCAAACCACCAUCCCAUCGUCAUCGGUCCAAUCCCAAAUGCAUUCUCAGGACAUUGUGGUUCCGACUGCCUCUGUCGACGGCAUGGAAGAGGCGGACGAAGAGAUUGACGAGGUCCUCCUCCUCCUCCCCACCUCCAAUUUCGACCUCGACUCGCAGCCAACAAAGGAGAGAGGCAAAGGUCCCCGGUACAUUCAUCCCAGUGUAAAUAUCAGCGAUGAGGCCGGUAGCAUGGUAACAGUUUUGGCUACCGAUGGCUACACGUGUAUUACGAGCCCCGUACCGGGGCCCGAAACCCAGACUUUGAGAUCCAAUCAAGGCUCCUCCAACGAGAGCCAAAGACCCUCCCAAAAUGCCAUCGGAUGCUCGGGAGACUCGGGCUUGUCCUCGGAUCACUCGGUUAAAUCGGCCAGCCCCGAGCAUCACGGCUCCUUGAAGAGCUCGAGUUCGGAAUCCGACAAAUCUUCAUUAUCGGAAGAGGGCGUGACUCAUGAUCAGCUGGAAAGUGAGGACGAUGAGGAUCAUCUGAACGAGGAGAUUGAUGUCAUGUAUGCCGAAAGGAAUGUCCUUCAAGAAGAAGCCACCACCGUUGAAAGUGAGCGCAUCUCAAUCAGUCGAUUCCGACAGAGAUUCUGUCCAAGCACCAAUGAGAGCACCAAGAGCAACAAAACCAAUUCCUCUUCCGACAUCAAACGAUCAAACCAUCGGAGCGGCUCCUCUGUGGGCUCUCAGUUUUAUCCACCGAACUCGACAGAAAAACCCUCCUAUCAAAGGCAUGCGUCCAAUUCCUUGGAGAACCGCUUCAACCAACGUCGCCACAGCGAGGGGAUCGAUUCCAACGAGGAUCCGGACGAGGACAUCGUCCCCCGACGAACAUCUCGGCCUCCAAUGCGGAGCAAGAGCUCCGUGUCCGCCAUGCAACAUCGACGACCCAUGUCUUCGCCUCCUCAGCAUAAAAAGUAUCAACAAACCAUUCAAACCGGAUUCAAAACCACGACUGAGACGGACAGGAAAACGGAUGACACCAAAAGAGAGAUGAUCUAUCUUGACGAUCUGACCGAUGGCGAAACCAGUGACGGGACUCAUUCUUUGAAAGAAGAUGAGGUGGAGGAGGACGAAGAAGGAGAAGGGGAAACCGGGGGGCCUGCUGCAGUGGAGUUGCACGAGGAUGGACCAAUCCAAGAUUUCAUGUCCUCGAACACGAACACUUUGGAGACAAUGUCCGCUCGAAGUUUCGGCUUUGUCAAACCCAGUCCCAUACAACGAGAGAAUGAGUUUGCUAAUCGACUUCGACGACACAAGUCAUUUUUCACCCCUUCCACCAACAAUCGAGAGGGCCCGAAGCUGUGGAUGGGCCCACAAAACCCAAUGGCCAUUGCUAAUCGAAAAGGAUUGUUGCCACGGAGGUCCGAGAGUUUCCAUCACAGCCGGUCCUUGGGCGAGUUCGACUCGAAUAUCAUGUCCGGUCCCCGACCAUUCCAUCCAUUGGACGGAGCCGAAGGCAAGAAGUCAAUGAGGGGGAAGAGUGUAGAUCGAUUCAAAGAUUCCAAUGGGUCCUGCACCACCGGCUCCAAGCCCUUGAGCAAGUCCAAAUCCAUGGAGUUCCUCAAGGCCAAGCUGUUGUCUCGAAAAGCCUCGACCAAGCGAAACUCCGCUUCGCCCGCACCGUCCUCUUCCAGUGGCACGCCCAGUCAACUGUUGCGGUCGGCCGAUUGGGAUCUGCGGAGUUCGUCACCAAAUAACCGAAGUGGAUUCUUUUCCACCAACUUGGGCCCCAAGUCCGUGUCACAAUGGGGCUUUGGCAUGCAAGAUUCCCGACACAGUCCGAAUGGUCGAAGUGGUGGGAGUGACGACGGCCAACAAGAUUAUGAUUGGAGACAAGACACGCCGUUUUGGAACAAAAAAGGUCGAUGGGCGCGGCCCUCGCCCACCAAGAAGGCCGUUGAAGAGGCCUGGGUCUCGGCCCAACCCUCACCGACGCCUCCCCCAUUGCACAUUCAUCCUCAAAACGGCGGCCUGGGGCCCAUCCCAGCUCCUCCUCCCUUGGGUACAACCAACCGCGUGCCCAUGGGCUGGCCGGGUCAGUUUCCUCAUCAAGGGCCCCUCUUGGGCGGGCACCGUAAAAUGGGCCCCUUCUAUCCGUCAUUUCCUGUCCCUGGUGUGAACAUCACUCACAAGAACAUGUUCUUACCCCAUGGGCCCGUUCCUUUCACCAGCUCCUACAAGUCGUUCGUUCCUGCUGCCCAGUCCAGCCCUGCUGCCUCAUUCUCCGGCUCGUCGGGUUCAAACAAGGUUAAAGUCAAUCCCCUUCGAAACACUUUGGAUAUGGAUUUGGGCCCUUUGAGCGAUGGGGUGAACCGCCUGGAGAUAACCGAGCUUAGCGACGAGGAGCUCCUGGAAUGUCCAUCCCCAGAUUAUUCGACAAUGCACACCGGUCACGUUUCUUCGUCAACUUCGCCAACUCAUUCUGUGAACACGGUGAUUCGCAAAGGAGGAUCGGGCGGCAUGGCCUGUGAUCCACAGUACCCACUUCACCCACAUCAUUUGCAACACCACCAGGGGUCACAGUCCAAAAAGAUCUUGGACAUGCCUUCAGGUCUUUAUUGAAGGAGCGAGCUAAGCUUCGUUCCGCCCAUGGAUUCCCAGGAAAUGGGGGUUCACAGAAAUGCGUGUGUGCGAGUUUACUGAUUGUUUUAACCUCCCCAUUUUUUUUUGUAUGCCUAUUGUCUACGAUUGUUAAAGAUGAAUUAAAACCAAGCUAAACCCCAAAA